AUGAGGAAGAAGAUAUUUAUGGAAGCUGAUGCAAGCUGCAAAAAAGUCAUUUACAUCUCCAUAACUGUUAGUGGGACCAAUGCCCAAAUGUUAGCCAUGUGUGGAGAGGUUGUUAUUAAUAAUGGUAUUGCAGAGAUAUGUAAGCAAUGCAUGGGAGCAUCAAAGCCCCUGGUAGGAAAGACAGUCUGGACAACUGGGGCUGAGACUGGUCUCACUGUGGACAGGAGACUGCCAACACUCACAUCCCUCAGCUCGCUUGCCAUGACUGGUGUGACACCCGGGUUUUUUGGUGUUCACAGGAAAGACCCUUCCCCUCCUCCUUGCCCUGGAGACAGGGCUUGCCAGCUGGAAGAGCGGUUAUCCAGCCAGGAGAGGACCACAGCUUUCCUUCUCCAUCAGACUUUCCGAAUCAAAGACAACAUCGUCUCCUGCCUCCAGGGAAGCAAAGGUUAUCAGCAUGGGGAGACUGCUGCCCGGCAGCUGCUGGAAAAUCACGUCCAGACCAUUACGAGCAUUGUUAAAAAGCUCAGCCAGGACAUUGAGGUUUUGGAGAGGCAAAUAAGGACAAGGGAUGGUGUCGCAGUAGAAACUAAUUUUGCGGUUCAGAGUCUGGACUAUAAAUACAUCCAAGGUCUUGGAGACCUGCGAGGAAGAGUGGCAAGGUGUGAGGCAAGCAUUGCGAAGCUGUCAGAAGACAUCAGAAUCAUCAGGUGUGAGGCCCAGAAGACUGAUAAAGAGAUUUAUGGCCUUCACUCUGCCCUCAAAACUUGUGUUGGCGAUUUUGAGAAGAAGGUAAUGCAGCUAUUAGGCAAGAUAGAGACUUCCAACUCUGAUCAAAGCUCGAAUUUAAAGACAGUCCAGGGAGAACAACAUCACAAAUUGCAACUUCUGGAUUUCAAGUUGACAAGUAUUGUAAGUGACUUCAGGGAUCAGAUACAGACUCAUCGGAAGUGGACAGAGGCGCAGCAGGCACGCUCUGAAGAAGAUCAAGCACAGCACAGGCAUCAGCUGCUUAACUUGGUGAAGGAGAGACUGGAAAGAGCAGAAAAAAGAGUAGAAGAAAAGCUCCUACUUCUGUCAUUAAAGCUAGAACAAACAUCUAAGCCACAGAAAUAUGAAAAGCAGUUGAACCAGAUGAGAACUGAUGAAAAAAACCUGCAUGCAAGAAUCACCAGGUUUGAAAGACAGAUCUGGAAGGAGCUUGAGGAAAUCCAGAAUGAAUACAGAUCAGGAUUUCAAUCCAUUCGCGAGUCUCUGGAGUUGCUCAAGCAGAUACAGAACACAAAGCUGAAACUUGAAAAAAAGAAAAUUCAGAAAGACAUGAAAAAGAGACAAUGA